AUGAAUUUCUUCAAUAACCACUAUGUUAUGAUUAUCUUUGUUGUUUUGAGCCUUGUAAAUCAAAGCAAACAGGCUGACCCUGUGGAUGUGGUCUGCAUAUCCGACUUUUCAUUCACCACAGAGACCGAUAGGACAACUUGCGAUGGCUACAUUUUCCAUAACAAUCAAUGCCACCCGGAAACGCCAGGUCAACCUACUGAGGGCACCGAUUGUAAAGAUCUCAGCAACUCACCCGUCCAAGGCGUCAAGUGCGUCUGGUAUACAAUUCAGGGGAAUCAGUAUGAGUGUAAAGACUUCGACUCCACAGACAACACAGACAUUAAAAAAACAUACUUUUGUAACGGUUUGAAGAGCCCUGAACGUUGUUCUGGUGUCCCGUUGCCCUGA